AUGUUAGCCUUCGCGUUGGUGACAGCAGCCAGGAGGCUUCGUCCAUACUUCCAGGCUCACCCAGUAAAGGUACUCGCAGAGAGCCCAUUGGGGCUAGCAUUGGUGGACUUUGUGGUAGAAGUUUUGGGUUUUCCCCAAGAAGAUGUGGCCGCAAUGAUAGGAGUAGCUGAGGUGGAGGUAAAAUCGGAUUCGCAGGCAGUGGUCAACCAUGUGCUAGGUCUAUAUGCCAUGAAGGGAGAGAGGUUGAAGAAGUAUUUGGCCCGAUACAAGAUCUCGCAAAGCAUAGUAACGGACAAUGGGAGCCAAUUUGACUCAGACCAUUAUAGGGAAUGGUGUGCAAAGUUGAAGAUAAAAGUAAAGUACUCUUCGCUGGGUCAUCCACAAGCAAACGGACAAGCAGAAGUGACAAAUAAAGCAUUACUUUCAAUCCUAAAGAAGAGGCUCGCAGAGAAGAAGGGAGAGUGGGCGGAUGAACUGCUAGGACUGCUAUGGGCAAACAUAACCUCAGUGAAAACCCUUACAGGAGAAUCCCCAUUCACACUUGCAUAUGGGUGCGAAGUGGUCCCCCUAGUAGAAAUAGGGCUGUCAGGUUUCCGAACACUUUACUUCUCAGUGCCCCAAAAUGACAAAGCAAGGGAAGAAUUCCUCGACCUAUUGGAAGAGGAAAGGGAAAUAGCAGAAGCAAGGAUUUUACAUGAAAAGAAUAAGGCUGAACAAUAUUUCAACAAGAGAGUAAGGCCUAGGACAUUUAAGAUAGGGGAUCUAGUUUUGAAAGAAAGCUGGGUGACCACAAAAGAAGAAGGCAAAUUGGGACCCCGAUAG